AUGGCGGCUAAAGCAUCAAUACCCAUUUGGAAUGAUCUAAAUCAGAUUUAUCCUUCUUCUUCUUCUGUCAAACGAGAACGUCUGAGAUGGUCGAAACUAAUCAACAAAUUCGAAUUGACUUAUGGGUCAAAACCGAAAUAUAUAAUUAGAGCUCCGGGAAGAGUUAACAUCUUAGGUGAACAUAUUGAUUAUUCGCUUUUCCCAGUGUUACCUGCUGCGAUAGAACAAGAUAUACUAGUUGCUUUACGUCCGACCUCACCAAUAAAAAGCUCUUCAUUCUCAGCCUCUUCAUCUUCAGCAUCAUCAUCCUCAUCGUCUUCUUCGUCGGUAAAUCCCGUAAUUCACUUAUCAAACGUCUCCGAUAAAUAUCAUUCUUCAACGUUUACUUUGACCCAUGAUCCAUCAAAGGGAUGUGAUAGAGGUUGGAACGUGGAUUUGGAUUCAGCGAAAGGAUGGGAUAAAUACGUCAGGUUUGCUAUUCUAGAAUCUUUAGCCGAGUUAUAUCCAAAUGGCUGGGCUAAAGGGAAUGGAAAGGGGAUUGGACCAAAUAGUAUGGAUAUUAUGAUUGACGGGAAUGUACCACCUGGAUCUGGACUCAGUUCAUCGGCAGCAAUGGUAGUGGCUUCGGUCCUCACAUUUAUAAUAUCUAAUAACCUUGAAAAAGGUAAAACGAAAGAAGAUGUUAUAAAUUUAUCUAUAGCCAGUGAACACCGUAUGGGAUUAAGAACAGGUGGAAUGGACCAAUCAGCUUCAGUCCUUUCAAUACCUCAUUCUCUACUUCACCUUGAAUUUCAUCCAAGAUUGCUUCCGACUCCUUUACCUUUGCCCCCUUCUUUAGCGGUUGUAAUAACGAAUUCACUCGCUCCUCAUUCUUUGACUGACUCGGCACCUGAACAUUACAAUUUAAGGGUAGUAGAGGUAUUAUGUGCUACGAGGAUAUUACUUCAUCGUUGGGGACUGAGUGGCAAGGCUGGUAAAAAAAGGAUAUGGUUGAGGGAAGCUUUGGAUUUAUGGUCAGGAGGAAAACAAGGAAGAAACCUCAAUUCACAACUUGAUUAUAGGAAGUUAUUAGUGGAUACCUUGGACGAAAUUAAGUUUUUGAGAAGAGAAAAUGGUUGGACUGAAGGUGAAAUGAUUCAAAGUUCAGGAUUGAGUAAACAAGAUUUUGACGAUGUUUAUUUACAUUAUUUAAAAAUUCGAACCGAUAGAUUUCAUCUAUACGAAAGACUUUAUCAUACUUUGACUGAAUCAAUAAGAGUAUAUGAUUUCGCUCAAACAUGUCGUAACAUCGCUUCUUCCUCAUCGGGGUCUUCCUCCUUUUCCUCUACACCAACGUGUACCAAAUCGCUCUUGUAUGAAAACGGAAUGAGGAAUCACGUCAAUGGUUCAUGUCAUGAUCAUAACGAAACCAACAAACACACUAACGGAUCAACGAAGAUGAAUGGCUGUUCAAGUCCAUUCACUACAUAUGUAAACGGGUCGCCUGCAAAAAUAAACGCUGAUUCGUACGAUCCCCAAUUCACAAGGUUGGGUGAAUUGUUAAAUCAAAGUCAUGAUUGUAUGAGAGAUAUAUAUAAAUGUACACAUCCUUUCGUAGAUGAGUUACAAAGUAAUUCUUUACGAAAAGGAGCUUUGGGAAGUCGCAUGACUGGUGGAGGAUGGGGUGGAUCAGUCAUUUCACUCAUACCAAUUCAACAAGUCGAUACGUUUCUACAAGAGAUAAGGAACUCGUAUCAACCGUAUAAAGAUAUAAGCGAUGAUGAAUUUGCAAAAGCUGCUUUCGCUACUUUGCCAGGACAAGGUGCAGGAGUCUAUGUGAUCGAUGAAUAUCAGAAUGAAUUUACGGAGCGAAUGAGUCAAUGUUGA